GAAAAGAAGUUCGUUCGAUUCAUUAUAACCGUUCCGCUGUCUACUUAUUUUUUUUUUUAAUUUUUCCUCCCGAAAGGCAGUGAUGUCCGAACAAAUAACUCAGUCAGAAAUGUCAAAAUAUGUCAAAUUGAAUGUUGGGGGAACAUUACACUACACGACAAUAUCGACAUUAUGUAAACAAGAAAAUAAUAUGUUGAAAGCUAUGUUUUCUGGUCGUUUAGGAGUUACAACGGAUAGUGAAGGAUGGGUUUUGAUUGACCGGAGUGGAAAACAUUUCGAUGUGAUUUUAAAUUAUUUAAGGGAUAAUGACUGCCAACUGCCAAACUCACUACGUGAAUUGAAAGAGCUUUUAGCUGAAGCGAAGUGAGUCCUUUUUUAGUAUCAACAAUUAUAAGACACCUAUGUAGGAUCAACUUAUCAAUGAAUAAUAAUAGGAAGAAGCUGAUACGCCCUAUUUGUCUUAUUUAUUCAUGCUCAUUUUUUUGCCAGUAUGUCUAAGAUAUAUAUGUACACAUUGCAGAUAUUAUUUGAUUACUGGUUUAUGCGAUAUGAUCGAAGAGAAGAUACAAGAAAGAAGUCAAAUGAGGACGGAAAGUGUUUGUCAUAUUCCUGUUGUUAGCAAUGGAGAAGAUCAAGCUAUGAUUGCUAAGAGCCGAAAGCCGGUCAUAAAAUUGUUGAUUAAUAGACAUAACAAUAAAUUUAGUUAUACUGCAAAUUCUGAUGAUAAUCUGUUGAGAAACUUAGAAAUGUUUGACAAACUUGCGGUGAAAUUUCACCAUCGAAUUCUCUUUAUUAAGGACAUUAAUAGUAAUCCAAGUGAUACAAAUGAAAUUUGUACUUGGUAUUUUUACGGUCACGGUAAAAAGCAUGCUGAGGUUUGUUGUACGUCAAUUGUUUAUGGAACUGAUAAGAAACAUACAAAAGUUGAAUGCCCCGAGGCAAAAAUCCUAGAAGAAACUCUAACUAUACUGCUUUGCGAAGAUGUUCCGAAUGGAAGCAAUAAACAAGUAGAAAACCUAAAAUUAACCUCAGAAUUGGCUAACUGUUCAAUCGAUGACGACGAAGAAGUCUCAGUCGGAGCUUGUGGUACUACCAAGUACAGACGGAAAUAAUAAUAAAAAGACAAAGAUAAUUGAGUAUUACUAAUUUGUGGAGUAAGAUCUAAAUUCCAUCAUGUUUCUUUUCUUAUAUAAUAUACAUAUGACUUUUUUUUUAAUUAAUAAUUAUAAUGAACGUAUUAAUAGUUUCUUGAAAAUAUCUGUUAUUUUUUCUAUAGUUCUGUAAGCC